AUGCAUACCUCGACCAUCGUAUGGCUUGCCCUGACUCUGGCUGCUCAUGCAGCCCCCGUACUCCAUUUCAAGCCAAAUACCACAGUCGAACGCAGAAGUGAAGGAUAUGAGAUUGUCAAUGUUGGCGGAGAUCCCAGUCCUGUCGUGGCCCCGGUGAUGGAAACCGUGACUGCUCCUGGUCCUCCCCAGGAAACAGUAACGAUCACUAUUUCACAAACCUCCUUGCCCACUUUGGCGCCCACUUGGACACCUUCUUUGCCAACACCAUGCAGCAGCAGCAGCAGCAGCAGCUCCUCACUCGUACCAUCACCAAGCAGCGCUCCAGGUAUUGAGACCGUCCGUCGUCGCUCCACUACUAUGGACAAGAUUGCGCGUAUGUUUGGGAAGUCUAUAGACCACUCCAACGACACUACGUCUCAAGUCUACGUUCGCAGCAGUAAUGAAACUUCUUCCCAUCUCAAUACACGCGGCACAAAUGUCACCGAACAUUCGCUUCUCCCUCGUGGCUUGCUCAAUGCUACCGACUCAGGAAGCACAAAGCUCACGGCUAGAAGCUCAAACGGCACCACUCUACAGGCUCGAAAUUUGACUCAGGGAAGGUAUUAG